ACAGCUGACCAUGACCAGCGUUUGUGGAGGCAUGCAAACCAGCCCGUCAUGGGAACGAUGGGCUGUCAGAAGACUUGCAGGGUGGAGAAACUCCUGAAGCAGUGUCAGAGGGAGGGUGGCGCCAGCCUGAGACAAUGGUUACCUCCGGCAAAGAGGAGCAGCCGGAUGAAAGGCGUGGACAAGCUAAGAAAUGAGGUGUUGCCACGACAGCUCCCCAGUCUGCAGCGUUUGGACAGCCUUUGUCUUCUAGAGAACGGCAGCACAGCCCCGAGACCCAACCUUGAGACCUUAAGCAGCCAGAGGUUGAAGCAGAGGUUAUUGGAGACCGAGAUCAGCGCCAAGAGAAAGGAGUGCAAAUCGCUCGAGGCGGAGGUGAAGAGAAAAAAUCAAACAUGUCAGACUUUGGAGAAUGAGCUUCAAGAUUUUCUCCAGGAGAACACACACUUAAGCCUCCAGUUUUUCAACAGCGGCCACAAAUCAUCUGAAUAUGAGCGGGUGAAGACUGAGUAUGCCCAACUCAAAGAUACGCUUGGUGCUGUGACGCAGGAGAGAGAUUUAGCUCAGUGGGAGAGGAACCAGCUCCAAGGCAAACUGGAGAACCUAGAGCAGGUGCUCAAGCAUAUGCGCGAGGCUGCGGAGCGGAGGCAGCAGCUGGAGUUGGAGCAUGAGCAGGCCUUGGCUGUACUCAAUGCAAAGCAGCAGGAGAUUGACCUGCUCCAGAAGGCUCAGGUUGUGGCUAAAAAGGAACAUGAAGGCGCGGUUCAUCUGUUAGAGAACCACCUGGACAGCAUGCAGGCCAAGGUGCGUGAGCUGGAAGAGAAAUGUCGGAGUCAGAGCGAGCAGUUCAACCUCUUGUCCAAGGAGCUGGAAAAGUUUCGUUUGCAGGCGGGGACGUUUGACAUCCUCAGCACGGAACCUCUGACAGUGUGUGAAUCCCCCGGUUCUCCCAACAAGUCUCUGUCCCAGCUCCUCAAUGGAUUGGCGGCCCCCGUAGGAAAAGGCAAUGAGGCUCCAACAAGCCGAUCUUUGAUAUCAGAGUUCAUUCGGCCGCUCCAGAUCAGCGGAGACAAACCGGAGCUCGUCUCUGUCAAGCCAACAUUCCUCACUCGCAGUCGAGGGAGCAGCCAAGGGAGGGCGCUGCUCUCUGAGAUGGACAAAGAGCUCGGUUCCACCACCAGAUCCAAACCAAGGUUUACAGGGAAGGUUCGUCUGUGUAUAGCUCGCUACAGUUACAAUCCUUAUGAUGGGCCGAAUGAGCAUCCUGAAGCAGAGCUCCCCCUGGUGGCAGGAAAGUACCUCUACAUUUACGGAACUAUGGACGAGGAUGGCUUUUAUGAAGGUCUGGUGCCUCGUAUAUUUUAUUCUCCUCUUUUUUUUUUUUAUAAAUACUCUCGAUAUUGCCAACCAUCUUUUUGUGUUUCAGGAGAGCUGCUAGAUGGCCAGCGGGGGCUCGUCCCUUCCAACUUUGUGGAUUUUAUACAAGAGGAGGCGAAGGCGUCGGUCCAACACAGAGACUCUGUCACUAAAGAACCUGGCAACCUCAACCACAGUAGCCUGGGAUCCCACAGACUGGGGGUCAGCAGAGGGAUGGCGACAUGUUUGGGCAGCCUGCUGUCGGACAGUAAACAAAGCUGUCUGAGCAGCAGCAAUUUGGGCGCGGACCUCCUGGGCUCCUCCAGCAACGGGAUGGGAACGUUGGAUGUCAAUAUUGACGAGGUCGGUGAAGACAUUGUGCCUUAUCCUCGCCGCAUCAACCUAAUUAAACAACUGGCCAAGAGCAUCAUUAUUGGCUGGGAUCCCCCUGUGGUUCCCCCGGGCCGAGGCUCCGUCAGUGGCUACAACGUGUUGGUGGACAAGGAGGUACGGAUGAGCGUCCCCUUCGGGGGCAGGACUAAGUCCCUCAUUGAGAAACUCAACCUAGCCACCAACACUUACCGCAUCUCAGUGCAGAGCGUCACCGAGCGAGGACUGUCGGACGAACUCCGCUGCACAAUGCUGGUGGGCAAAGAUGUGGUGGUGGCUCCGUACUACCUACGGGUGGACAGCAUCACGCAGGACUCUGCUGAGCUCUCCUGGAUGCCCAGCAACAGCAACUACAGUCACACCCUCUUUCUGGACGGCGCCGAGUACGACAUGAUCAAGGCCGGGGGCUACAAGUAUAAGUUCUUCAACCUGAAGCCCAUGACGGUUUACAAAGCCAGGGUUGUGGCACAGACGCAUCAGGUGCCUUGGCAGCUGCCGAACGAGCAGAGGGAGAAGAGGGAGAUCUCUGCGGAGUUCUGCACUCAACCAUCAGGACCUCCCCACCCUCCACAGGAGGUUCAGGUCCAGUGUGGUCAGACACCAGGGGUUCUGCAGGUCAGAUGGAAACCCCCGCUUCUGACGUCUGCCGGAACCUCCAAUGGUGCCAAUGUAAUAGGCUAUGCUGUAUGCACAAAGGGAAAAAAGAUAGCAGAGGUCUUGUACCCAACAGCAGACUAUGUGACGGUGGAGUUAAACAGGAUCGAAGGUCUGGAUGCCAGGGAGAUCAUUGUAAGAACGUUAUCAACACAAGGAGAGUCCCAAGACUCACCUGUGGCUGUCAUCCCUCAUAAUCUAUUGGGCUCGCCUCGCCUCACUCACCGAACCACGGGGCCUCCCCACACUUUGCCUCACACCCCGACGCAUCCAGUUCACUCCCAAACUCAUCCUCCUUAUCCAUCCACGUAUCCCCCAAAUCACCCCCAGCCGCAGGUGCAGGUGCAGCCCGUCCCCAUGGCCCAGCCCCACACACUGCCCCACGCACAGCCCGUCUGCCACCAACCUCCUCACCCCCAGCCUCAGUUCCAGCGCCAGCCCGUCCCCAAGUCCAAACCGUUCUUAAGUGCCAGAGAGACAGAUACCAAAGAGCACGAGGCGAGCAUGCGGCCAGGUGCGCCCUGGGAACGCUCUCCCUCCCCGCUGCCUCCAAUGCGCGGCCCCAAUCUGGAGCCACCGCCCUUCCAACAACGGCGAUCGCCCUCUCCUCAGAGAAUCCUGCCGCAGCCUCAGGGAGUCCCCAUCCCCAAUACCAUCGCAAAGGCCAUGGCCAGGGAAGCUGCACAGAGGGUGUUUGCUGAAAGCAACAGGGUGGAGAAAAGGAACAUCUUCAGCGAGCGGGGAAACGCACUCCAUCCACUUAACUCUGACGAGGAGGAGGAUGGUUAUGAUUCUCCUCAUAGAAGAAGAGGAGCCUCUGUGGAUGAGUUCCUCAGAGGCUCUGAACUGGGAAGACAGCACCACCAUCCCCACCACUACAGUCACGGUGAGGAGUACUACACAGAGAGCAGCCGGGGGUCGGACUUGUCGGACAUCAUGGAGGAGGACGAGGAAGAUCUUUACUCCGAGAUGCAGUUGGAAGAGGGCCGCCGGCGGAGCAUCAACUCUCACAACUCCCUAAAGGCCUACUACAAGCGGCAGGACCUAGCUGCAGAAAGGGACUGCUGGGACCUCCAGAGGGAGGUAGUGAAGCACAAGUCGCUGCGGAGCAAGCGGCUCCACAGCAUCCCCGAGGUGGAGGAGGAGUCAGACGGUGUGGACAACAUGGGCCAGCCUCUGCGCUUCGAGGACGGAGGUCGGCCGGGAAUGCCGCGCACACAGCGGAGGCCGUACCUCCAUGACGGUCACAAGCACAAUCACGUAACCGCCAGCAAAAACCUUCGCCACUUGCAACGCCAGCGCUCUUCGCCUCGCUUCGCCGACCUCCGCUACUGCUACACCGCAGAGGAUCGUGUCCUGGGACGACCCAACCGCCAGAACACCAAGAGUCCUGACAGUGGUUUGGACUGUGGCAGUGAGGAAGAAAGCUCUCUGGGCAGGGGGCAUCGAGGGUACUACACCUAUGGAGCGCCCACGCGGGGCCCUGUGCGAGUCAUCCACUGUGAAGGCCCCGUGGAAAGGCGAGCUCUGGCCAUGGGCCGUAAGAGAACUCUGACACGCCAAUGCAGCGUGGAGGAGGAGUUUGCUGACAUUCCAAUGACCUCGGUUAAGUCAGUCCACACAGGUGACUUUAGAAACCGAGAACACUUUGGGCCACGGAACUACUCCCGAGAGGGGGUCCUGAGUGAGGGCAGGCUGAACGAUCUGGAAAGGGGCUAUUACGGUCCUCACAGGGAGGCUAGAACCCACUCUUUGUCCAGGCUCCACUGGGACCAGUCGCUGAUCCUUGGAAACUCGCCAUCACAUGGAAAUGCUGACCAUCUGGAUCACUCGGGGCGGAGGUCGGUUCACAUAGGCACACCCCCUCAGCGACGGCCCAUCCCAUCCAUUGAGAUCACCAUGGACAGUAACAGUGAGGGGAGUGAGGGGAACCUCUCCCCCGUCAAGGCGGAUGUUUACUAUGGCAGUGUAGCUCGGCGAAGGAUAUGGCCGUCUAUGUCCUCAGAGGAUCAAUAUGACAGCUAUGGCGGACGCAGGCACGGGCGAGGACGACGCUCGCCGGAUUACUUUGAGGAAUCGGAGCCAGAGGAGAUGACUCGCGUGUUUGUGGCCCUUUUUGACUACGACCCCCUGUCCAUGUCUCCCAACCCGGACGCUGCUGAUGAGGAGCUGCCUUUUAAGGAGGGCCAGAUCAUCAAGGUGUUUGGAAAUAAAGACACGGAUGGCUUCUACAGGGCAGAAAUUCGAGAUCGAGUGGGUGUGAUCCCUUGCAACAUGGUCUCUGAGAUCCAAACGGAGGACGACAACAUGAUGGGUCAACUCCUUAAACAAGGCUUCCUGCCACUAAACACUCCCGUGGAGAAGUUAGUGAACUGCGACCGUUUCAAAGACGGACGGGUAAUAAACCGCAGGUCGAGAAAGUCCAAGCGAGAGAGGAACAGGCGGAGUGGACGUCAGCAUCCAAUGUCAACGCGCAGAAUGGUGGCUCUUUAUGACUACGACCCAAGAGAGAGUUCCCCCAACAUUGACAUACAGUAUGACGGCAACAGACUAGAUGACGAGGCUGAACUGACCUUCUGUGCUGGCGAUGUCAUCACAGUUUUUGGGGAAAUAGAUGAAGAUGGAUUUUAUUACGGUGAGCUCAACGGACACAAUGGACUUGUUCCUUCCAACUUUCUAGAAGAAGUGCCUGAUGAUGUGGAGGUUUUUCUCACGGACUCACCAUCUCGAUACCCCCAGGACACGCCUACACGAAUAAAGACCAAAAGGGUUCCAUGGGACGAUUCAGGUCCGCCUAGAAGAGCAGGCUCGCCGACCGUGCGUCCACACAUCAUGCAGUACCAUCAGGGCCCCUCUGGACAUACACGCCUCCAAAAAGAUAAAGAAACUUCACUGCGGAGGGAAGAAGCUGUUGCUCGACGCUGUUAACACCUUGACCUACACAUACUGCAAGUGAACAGGCGGCAUUAAAUCUUGAGCUUUCUUACUUUUAAAUAUUACAUCUCAUUUUUACUGAGACUCAAGUGUGGAUCCUUACCUCAGAUGCAUAAUGCAUGUUUCACAUCAGCACCUGCCCUCCUGACCCAUACCUAGCGAGAAAAUCACUCAAGGAAAGUGGAACGUGUGCCUUCGCACAGUAUGGCCAACAUGCCGUUUUGCUUACUAUCAAAGCAAGCACUCAGAAUGAGCAGCAGGGUUAUCUCCUUACUGCUGAAGUCCAACAUCACACAGGUCAAACCUCCAUAUAAUUGCCUUAAUAUCACAAAUGAGUCCCUCUCCGCUGCACGAACAACAGCAACAUGGAAUUAAGGGCAACAAAUCAUUGAGGCAGGAUGGCACCUGUGUGACAGCGCAGACUUCGAGACAGAAGUGUCACCUGUUGUCCUGUGUUGAAAGCAUUUGAUACUGUCAGGCAAGUAUCCUGUUACAGCAGACAAUUUGUAAACAAAUAUUGGGCUGUGGGAUGUUGUGUGAACAGGUAUUACAGUAUUGCUUUAGUAUUUUGAACUAAAGGUGGAUAAAUUCAGGAUUUAUGGUUAUGUUACACAUUCUGCUACAUUCGAGAGUGAAAGAAGCUGUGUUCAAUAUAUAUAUUUUUUUUAAAGUCACAUUUGUAUUAUCUAUUGUGACAUUACGAUUCAUCCAAUAAAUUCAAAAAUGCAAAAAAAUAAAAACUGUCAGCAAAUUUUACACCUUCAAUUCAUACCUUUUUAAUAACUGACAGAAAGUAUAAGUAAUACUGGAGAUUAGAUUAACAUUGUAGUUCACCUACCUCUUUACAGCACCUCUCACCUAAACCCCAAUCCACUUAAUUGGAAAGGUUUAAUCAGUCACUCAGUCAUGGUGCAGGUUAUAAGUACUGUAACUCUAUACAUAGCCACAGCUCCUUAUACUGUAUGUAGUGAAUGUACGAUCAAUUGAAAGCCAUUGUAUUUAGCCAUCCCUAUAAAUUAAUCCCCAAACAUCUAUAAAGGCGUGUCCUGUACACUUGCAUUGACUUAAAACUGCCAAAAGAAAUGGAGAAAUAUGAAUGCACAUUGUGGAAAAUAAAGACUUUCUGGCCAGCCAUGUCCACCUACACCCUUGUACCUAUGUCUCAGUUCACAUCGCUUCCUAUCAAUUUGUGUGACUGAUGCUCUUUUGUAAAUUGUAAAUGUUUAUACUUGAUUUUCAAAUUGCCUUUUUUGUACAUUCACUUUAUAAUCAAGCAGUACAAGUGUUUCCCAUGGUGUCUUGAAGACCUUUUUGUUUGCAAUGUGUGCUAGCUUUAUUAUAAGAAUAAUCAGCCUAUAUUCAUGGUUACAAACUACUGUGUGGGUGUGCAUGUGCAAUCUUUUUUUUAAAACAAGCUAAAUAAAUUUGAUAUUUUGUAAUAUUUGCAAGUCUGAUUGAUUUAACUCAAAAUAUGACACUGGUUUGA